AUGGAAAGAUCCGUUAGCCCAUCAUCGGAUACAGAUGUUCCCUUUAACGUGAGCACCUCGUUGGCUCCACCACGCAUCAAUAAACUUGCAGGAACUACAUCCCUUGAUUUUGACGGGAGUUUAAAAGAGCCACUUUUGCUCAAAGAGGACUUGAAGAAUGGUUGUGGAGGUCAAUUGUGGCCAGCUGGGAUGGUCUUGGCUAAAUAUUUUCUCCAUCAAUAUCCCGAUUUGUCUGAAAAGUCCAUUGUGGAACUCGGGGCUGGGGGUGGACUUGUUGGACUCGCAGUGGCCCGCAAGACUGGAUCACCCAUCCACAUCACGGAUCAACAACCUAUGUUCUCCCUCAUGAAUGACAACAUCAAAUUGAACCAUCUCGAGUCAAUAGUGACAGCUUCGGUCCUGAAUUGGGGGGAGCCUAUUCCCGAGCACAUUCCAUCAAAACCCGAGGUCAUUCUCGCUGCCGACUGCGUCUAUUUUGAGCCAGCAUUUCCUCUCCUCAUAGCCACCCUGCAAGAGUUGCUAGGCCCCAACUCUGUCUGCUAUUUUUGCUUCAAACGACGCAGAAGAGCUGACAUAAGAUUUAUGAAAAUGGCGAAAAAGACAUUCGACGUAGUAGAAAUUCGGGACGAUCCCAAUGCCCAUUCCUACAACCGGGAAAACAUAUUCCUCUUUACGAUUCGAGCCAAGUCAUCAAAGGGCAUGAAAAGGGUUCAGUCUGACCUAAAAUAA